UAAGCCUAUAAGUUGCAUUUAAUUUACAGCCUCGUACGUGUGAAGUGAAGAAUAAUCUUGUGAAUCGCGUAAGCUCUCUCAACUCAACUGGAUCCGGGUCACAACCGUCUUGAAAUUAAGACCAACUGGGUCAUUGAUCACAAUCUCAAUUGGUAGCACAACAUCAAGGGAAAGUGAAAAAGAAAGGUAUAUUUGAUCAGGGAUAUGGCAACUCGAAGAUAUGAGUUUGGAAGGAUGAAUGAGGCUAGCCACCCAGACUCCAUCAGAGCUGCCUUGGCUGAAUUCCUCUCCACUUGCAUCUUUGUCUUUGCUGGAGAAGGCUCUGCCCUUGCUUUGCGACAAAUUUACAAGGAACCAGGGUCAUCAGCGGGUGAGCUAGUGGUAAUUGCACUAGCUCAUGCAUUUGCUCUAUUUGCUGCUAUUUCUGCUAGCAUGCAUGUGUCUGGUGGACACGUCAACCCUGCCGUCACUUUUGGCGCUCUUCUUGGUGGAAGGAUCUCCGUCCUUAGAGCAGUUUACUAUUGGGUUGCUCAACUUCUAGGUUCUAUAGUGGCUGCUCUCUUGUUGAGGCUUGUCACUAACAACAUGAGACCACAGGGGUUCAGUGUGUCAAUCGGGCUUGGAGCGUUCCACGGUCUUGUACUUGAGAUUGCUCUCACAUUUGGUCUGAUGUACACAGUCUAUGCAACUGCUAUUGAUCCUAAAAGGGGUAGCAUUGGCUCAAUUGCACCCUUAGCCAUUGGAUUCGUUGUUGGGGCAAACAUCCUUGCUGGUGGGCCGUUUGAUGGAGCAUGCAUGAACCCUGCUCGGGCUUUUGGGCCUGCCAUGGUGGGCUGGAGAUGGCACUACCACUGGAUCUUCUGGGUGGGCCCAUUCAUUGGAGCUGCCCUUGCAGCACUCCUGUAUGAAUACGUUAUGGUCCCAAAUGAGCCUCCUCAUCACCAACCUUUGGCUGCUGAAGAUUACUAGUUAAUUUGGGUAUUAUGAAAUGUACCUAUGCCUAUGUUUGUGUGUUUUUCUUUUCUCUUGUCGUUAUCUGAAUUCAUGUAUGCAAUUUCCUUGAUGCUGGUUUGGAGUAUCAACACUAAAAACUUGUUAAGUGUGUAUGUAGAUGUAGUCCUCGAUGAUGAAUAAAGUGUGACCCCUACCCUUCUUCAUCA